AUGUCACUGAAGCAGAAGAUCAAUGAUCCCCUUGUGACGGGAGUUGACUGUGCAAUUUCCAUUCUCACAGUAAUCGAUGCCGUGUCUGAUCUGCUCCCUCCCCUAAAAGCUGCCACCGGAGGGGCACUCUUCAUCUUGGACGAGGUCAAGAUUGGAAUCAAUGGGAGGCUAUACAUCGUCAAAACAAUGGCUGACGUGGUCACGGCCGUUGACUCGUAUGACGCGUCGAGCGAAGAGGGAAAGCGAUGUGUAGAAAGUGUUACAAUGCUAAGCGAGGCAUUGCAGCGUAUCGAAACCAAAAUCAGUCAAUUGCUUCGCAAGAUGGGAAAGCGGCCCGCUGUCAUCAAUUUCAUCUCUCACAUGAACAAUCUGGGCAUGAUCAGUGACCUCAGGAAAGAUUUCUGUGAGGCUUUAGAGUCGUUCCAGGUGAGGACGGGCUUGACCAUUGGUGUUAUUGCAAGUACAACUCGCGGAAUCGAGAGUGCCUCAGCUCUGAGCGAACUCCAAUACCCCGUUAUCGCCCACCAUGAUUCGACUAAGGCAUGCCUCGACGGCACUAGAAUUAAUCUCAUUGAGUACAUUAUGGCCUGGUGCUACAACGUGAGGGAGAGUGAGAAACGUGGGAUGCUGUUGACUGCUGUGGCCGGUGCUGGCAAGACAUCCCUCGUGCACUCAGUCGCAGAGAAGUGUGCGAAUGGAGGUGCGCUGUUGUUGAGCUUCUUUUUCAAAGUAGGAGAGCAAUCGCGGCCAGAUCACCUGUUCAGCGGCAUGGCUCGAUCUCUAGCAGUGCACGACCCUACCUAUCGCACCUCAGUCAUAUCUGCCCUUAAGAAAGAUCCGACUCUCGCGACUGCCCCAUUCACAAUGCAAUUCAGUAAAUUAGUGGCUGAGCCUCUCCAUCGGAAAGCGUUGCCCUCCGAUCGUCCUAUGGUGAUAUCUUGGAUGAAUGCGAGCAGCAAGCGUUCGAGGACCUAG